AUGGCUGCUCCUCAUCCCGAUCUACCACAGCCCUCGCAUGUCGAGCGCGACUCGGCAUUGGGUCGGAAAUUCGGACGUGAAGUCACCAAUUAUUUUGGAGGUUCCCCAAUAAACCGCCUCUCCUUCCUUCGAGACGACUACACUUUUCUCAAAGAGGCAUUCGCCCACCCGACGGCAAGAUUCAUCCUCUUCAAGACCCUCUCCCCACUAAUCACGAGCCCGACGGAAUUAUACUUCGCCAAAUACGACGAGAUCAAGUCCCUCAUCCCAUCCAACCCGUUUGAAAAGACCGAGAAGGAACAGGUCGAGGAGUUCGACUCGAGGAUAGAAAUCCCCCAGGUCGUCUUUCUAGGAAUCGACGAGAAGAGUAAAGAUGGCUCACUGUUCCAUUACAAGAACUUUACGGGCGCACCACAUUUCGCCCUCGAUAUCACACCAAAGAAAACAUUUGAAAAGGAAGCCAUCGAGUUGACCGAGAGCUUUGUAAAGUCUGGAUUGAAGUUCAGUGAGGGCAUGAGGGCCAUGAGUUUCCCAGCCGAUGUUGCCGCCGAGUACGCCCAAGGAAGGCAUUAUCUCGACUGGAACUACCGCAACACCUUCUGCGGCACCUGUGGCCACAAGACCCUCUCCGUCCACGCCGGCAGCAAGAGAGUAUGCCCACCAAAGGACCAAGCUGAAACCCCCGUUGAACGUGAAGCCUGCUCCACACGCACUACCCUAUCCAACCUGACCUUCCCACGUACCGACCCCACCAUCAUCGUUGCAGUCCUCAGCCACGACAGCAAACGCCUCCUCCUAGGUCGCCAGAAGCGAUGGCCCCCUUACUGGUUCUCGACACUUGCGGGUUUCAUCGAGCCGGCCGAAAGUGUGGAAGAUGCCGUACGCCGUGAAGUCUGGGAAGAGAGCGGCGUCAUCUUGUCCCGUGUGCUCGUCCACUCCACUCAGCCUUGGCCGUACCCGGCGAAUUUGAUGAUCGGCGCGAUCGGACAGGUCGCCAGUCCCGAAGACGAGGUCAUCAAGCUCGAAUAUGAUCCCGAACUCGAACUCGCCAAGUGGUUCACCCUCGAGGAGAUCCAGGAGGCGUUGAAGUAUGGAACCAGCGGGCUUGGGGAUCCGGCUCCUGAGGGCUAUAAAGAGGGUAAUCUCAGGUUGCCUCCUCCCACGGCCAUUGCCAAUCAAUUGAUCUCGGCGGUGGUCAAGGGUGGCUUUUUGGAGGGUGUCACGCCCAUAACGGGUGGAAAGCUAUGA